AUGAGUAUAGCUGCAUAUGCGUAUGAAGCUGACAGAGCUAAACGUUUAUAUUUUGGUCAAUACUCUCUCACACUUACUGACAAAUAUAUUGUUAUCAGUGAUGGAAAUACCGAGAAAUACAUAACAUGGAAGGACUAUGAAAAGUUUGACCCUAUUUUAACUCCAUGUACAAUGCCAUUCAUUGUAAAUGGUGAAGUUGUCAUGAAGAACGACACAACAGUAUAUAAGUCUGUAUAUGAAGCAUUAGAAUAUAUGUUGAAUUAUAAUCCCGAAAGAUUUGACCCAAGCACUACACCAUGUGCAAUGCCUUUUAUUAAGGACGGUGAAAUCGUAAGAGUUCCGGAUUCAACGGUUUAUACUGCUGUUCAAAACAGUUUACAAAACAUUUUAGCGAAUAUCUUUAAUUCAGAAACUACAGAAAUAAAAUUACCAUAUAUAACAGAUGCUAAAGAAAUUAAAUCAAAAACGACAACAUUAUUUACGUCACUUAAUGAUUUAAUGACUUAUAUCAUUAAUAUUCCUGCACCAACUACAGCAUUUGAUCCAAACUCGACG